GGUCACAGCCGGAUGCACCCCAGGUUCAGGGGGCUGCGGGUCAGGAGUGAGGGGCACCAACAGGGCUGUGGGGUGAAGGGGGCUGUGGGUCAGGGACUGAGGUGCACCAUUACUCCCCCAGGUCCAGGUCAUGGCUCUGAGCCAGCGCUGUCUGCUGUACCUCAAAGUCCAGCUCUUCAUCUUCAACCUCAUCUUCUGGCUGGGGGGCUGUGGGGCGCUGGGCGUGGGGGUCUGGCUGUCUCUGUCCCAGGGGCGGUUCUCGGCACUGUCACUGUCCUUCCCGUCCCUGGGCAUCGCGGGGCUCUUCCUGGCUGCCGGCGCUGUGGUCAUGGCUGUGGGCUUUGUGGGCUGCCUGGGAGCCAGCACUGAGCACCGUUGCCUUCUGCUUACGUUCUUUGUGAUUCUGGCUGCCAUUGUCCUGUUGGAGCUGGGGGGCUUCGUGGUUUUCUAUGCUUGCCGGGACAAGUUCGACAGAUAUGCCCAGGAUGACCUGAAAUCAGGGCUGAGGCGCUAUGGGACCCCUGGAGACCCUGCGCUCACCCAGGCCUGGGACACAGUUCAGACGGAGUUCCGGUGUUGCGGGGUGCAGAACUUCACCGACUGGUUCGAGAUCCAGAAUGCCACGGCCCUGCCUGAGUCCUGCUGCCUGGAACAUGGCACACCCUGCCACAGCCCCACAGCCACCUGGUGGAAGGAGCCUUGCUAUGAGAAGGUGAAACGCUGGGUGGGUGAGAACAUCUGGGCCAUGGGCAUCUUCGCUGCCUGCAUCGGGGUUGUCCAGGUCCUUGGCCUCAUCUCCUCCAUGCUGAUGUACUGCCAGGUGCUGCAGGCAGAGAAGUACUGUGAAUGAGGGACUGCUGCCUCCACCCCCAACCUCCCCUUGGGGGAGGUCGCAGAUAUUACAGGUGUCCUCAGAGCCCUCCAAAGCCAUAAAGAGACCUGCUCCCCCCUUUGUAGAGACUGGGGGGGGGGCCG